GGUUUAGGCUUGCCCUCACUGCCGCACGGUGCAGUGUACACAGACAAGAUGGCAGCUUCUGUGGAAGACGAAUUCGAAGAUGCUCCUGACGUGGAGCCGUUAGAACCAACUCUGAAGAACAUCAUCGAGCAGAAAUCCCUCAAGUGGAUAUUUGUGGGAGGGAAGGGAGGUGUCGGUAAAACGACUUGUAGCUGUAGUUUGGCUGUCCAGCUGGCUGCGGUGAGGGAGAGUGUCCUGAUCAUCUCCACAGAUCCUGCCCAUAACAUCUCUGAUGCUUUUGACCAGAAGUUCUCAAAGGUGCCGACCAAGGUCAAGGGCUAUGAAAACCUCUUUGCGAUGGAGAUUGACCCUAGCCUGGGUGUAGCAGAGCUGCCUGAUGAGUUCUUCGAAGAGGACAACAUGCUCAGCAUGGGCAAGAAGAUGAUGCAGGAAGCCAUGAGUGCCUUCCCUGGCAUCGAUGAGGCCAUGAGCUAUGCAGAGGUCAUGAGGUUAGUGAAAGGAAUGAACUUCUCAGUGGUGGUCUUUGACACUGCCCCCACUGGCCACACACUGCGGCUGCUUAACUUCCCCACCAUUGUGGAGCGUGGGCUGGGUCGUCUCAUGCAGAUCAAGAACCAGAUCAGCCCUUUCAUCUCACAGAUGUGUAACAUGCUCGGUCUGGGUGACAUGAACGCAGACCAGCUUGCCUCGAAGCUUGAAGAGACGCUGCCUGUCAUCCGCUCAGUCAGUGAGCAGUUCAAAGACCCUGAACAGACCACCUUCAUCUGUGUUUGUAUCGCUGAGUUCCUCUCCCUGUACGAGACGGAGCGGCUCAUCCAGGAGCUGGCCAAGUGCCACAUCGACACGCACAACGUCAUCGUCAACCAACUUGUUUUCCCUGAGACAGAGAGGCCGUGUAAAAUGUGUGAAGCCCGCCAUAAAAUUCAGUCCAAGUAUUUAGACCAGAUGGAGGACCUUUAUGAAGAUUUCCACAUAGUCAAGUUGCCGCUGCUGCCCCAUGAAGUUCGAGGUGCCGACAAGGUUAACACGUUCUCUAAGCAGCUUCUGGAACCGUACAAGCCCCCAAACAAGUGAUCUCCCUCCCUGCAGGACUUCCCUCCCUCUGCCCCCUCUUUGCAGACCACACCUCUAUCUACAGUCUGACCUCCCCUCCUGUGAGCCCCCUCCUACACUGGCCUCAAGCCCCACAGUAACAGGCUCAAGGUGAUCCACUCAGUCGUCAGCCCAUCAUCCGAAGUAGAGCACCUCUACAGCGAGACACAGGCGCUUAAUGAAGGGGAGCUGAUGAUCACAAACACACAAAUAUAUUCUGCUGUAUUGUUAGAGAUAAGACAGAUAAGAGCUGCCUGACUCUCACUUCACCUCCUCUUGUCUCCAUAUCCUCCGUGUGGCAGUCAAACUAUUCCUCCUUAAAGCAUUUCACUUUUUCUUAACAACCCCCCCUCCAUCUGACACAGUGUCCAGCUUCAAUUGUGUAAAAACUAAAUAUGUGUUUCCAGUGACGGUGCUGUGUGUUCCUCAUUUCAGAUGGUUGAUGUUUAUUCCGUGUGACUUGGUGGCUGUGUGCGUUCUCCAGUUUGACUUGACUAAAAUUUCCCACUAACUCAUCUCACACACAUCCGGACCUUGCAUCCAGAUGUCGACAGAUUCAGAGUGUGACGGCAGGGCAGUGAAAACAGACAUAAAGAAAAACAAUUUUAAAAGAAUUAUGGCUUGGCAAAAAAGUGUCUUUUACCAUUUGUCAAAUCUUUACUCACUCCUCCAUGCGACUAUGGUGUAAAUGCAGUUACUUAACGUCAAUGAGAUUUUGAAUCAUGUCAAACUAGGAGCUUUAAAUAGUCUGUGCCUCUGUUAUCGUUUUAACUGGACAGUCUUAAAGCUAGGGUUGGUAAUCCUGGAGAAGCCGGCAACACCAUAUCACAGAUACAUCCCACCCCCUCCCAUUGUUCCUCUCAACAAAGCUAUGGCCCUGAAGCACAUGAAACCUCACUGACUUACAACGCUAAUAGACAACUUUUUUGUGACUAGCUCACUAACUUCUGGCUAACGUCUCUGCUUCAGAGGGGAAUGUCUCCCCGACUUGUGAAGACCCCGGUCACGUGUUGUGACGCCACGAACAGGGGGCUCGCAGACAGGCAGAUCCGUUAGUGACAGACAGGCACACCAGCCAAUCAUUUCAUUAAGUCGUGCGAGGGCCACAGACACAGGCUUUUUUUCUUUAUUUCUUACAAACAACUAUAUUUAUUGAUGGCUAUCAGGACGAGAAGAGGAUUUAAAAAAAUUACCAACCCUGCCUUUAAUGGCCUCUGUUGAAUAUUGUAGGCAUCUAGUUGCUUCAGACAGAUGAUGCUUGUGACCUGAUGUUUCAGUGGCUGAACGUUCAUUAUUGUUUCUGCUGAAUCCCCAGCACAUGCUCCCACAAGCUCUGUCAAUCAUUAUAUCUGUUUACUUAAGACUAUAACUUAUGGGAACACAAUUGAAAGACAUUAGUAGCCUUAUUUAGUGCAUUGUUAAUCAAAAAUAUAUUGAAUGUUGCUUGAUCAAUGAUGUUGAACCAAUGAAUGGUGAGUAAAGCAUCUUUGCCCUAGAGUGGACUCUGAUUGGCUGAUUUGAUGAUUGAAUUACUUCAUUUCCCAACAGACACAUAGAGAAGACAGGUUACUCCACCCCUCAAUCCGACUCUUCAUCUCUCCCCUCUGUAACUGAAUGCUUUUGAGACGAUACAAAGCUGUUUUCUAUAAAUUAUUUAGCAAGUGUUGAUUAAAAUGAACUUGCCUCA